GCCCUCCGCCCGGUCCGGGGAGGCGAGAGCGGGGCGAAGAUGCCGGUGGCCGUGAUGGCGGCGGGGAGCAGCGCCCUCGCACACCGGAAGCUGCUGGAGCAGUGCGAGACGCAGGAGCUGGAGGCUCCAGGAGGGAUAGCAACGCCACCCGUCUAUGCCCAGCUCCUGGCAUUGUACCUUUUACAUAAUGACAUGAAUAAUGCACGAUACCUCUGGAAAAGAAUCCCUGCUGCUAUUAAGUCUGCAAAUCCGGAACUUGGCGCAAUUUGGUCUGUAGGGCAGAGGAUCUGGCAGAGAGACUUCCCUGGGAUUUAUACAACAAUUGGUGCACAUCAGUGGUCUGAGACGAUUCAGCCAAUCAUGGAGGCAUUGAGAGACGCAACCAGGCGGCGAGCAUUCGGACUGGUCUCUCAGGCCUACACUUCCAUAAGCGCAGAUGACUUCGCAGCCUUUGUCGGGCUUCCUGUGGAAGAAGCUGUGAAAGGCGUUCUUGAACAGGGAUGGCAAGCGGACUCCUCGACUCGCAUGGUUAUGCCUAAGAAGCCAGGUCCUCAAGAGCCUGCGUUUAACAGAUUUCACCCAUUAUCAGAGCCUGCCCUGGUGCCGCCCAUCCCUAACGAACAGCAGUUGGCCCGGUUAACCGACUACGUGGCUUUCCUCGAAAACUGAUAAUUUCCAGU